AUGUCUUGCUCCAUACCCCAGAGCUGCUUCAGAAAGCUUGCACGGAAUACCGUCAGGCCCAGCCAGCUACCUAUUUUUCUAGCACCCGCAUUUUCCCCCUCUCAGCGACCACAAUGCUUCUCUACCACAUCUCCGGCGCAAUCUCGAGUCGGCGGCGCCGCCAUAUCAGUACCACCGGAAGUGUCGCUCAAAUUCGUUGAUCUGCCCCAGGCACAGAUCCGGGGGAGGGGAAAGGAGAUCCCCAAGACUGCAGUUGAGAUCAAGGGACCAUUGGGUGAAUUGACACUGAACAUUCCCUCGUUUGUGAAUGUCGCCCACGACGAAGCUGCCCGAAAAGCCAGUCUUUCUGUUGAAGAUUCAACCAUCGCACACCAGCGUGCUAUGUGGGGAACCACCCGAGCACAUCUACAAAACCACAUCCUGGGCGUGUCAGAAGGCCACAUCUGCAUUCUGAGUCUGGUCGGUGUCGGUUACAGAGCUAGUGUCGAGUCAACGGCCACCACGGUUGAGCCCGAAUACCCCGGUCAGCAGUUCGUCUCUCUUAAGGUCGGAUACUCGCAUCCAAUUGAGCUGCCAAUCCCGCAAGGCGUCAAGGCUAGCACCCCGCAGCCAACACGUAUUCUGUUGGAGGGUGUUGAGAAGAGCGUCGUGACAAAGUUCGCGGCGGAAAUCAGGGAAUGGAGAAUCCCCGAGCCUUACAAGGGCAAGGGUAUCUUUGUGAACGGGGAGACGAUCAAGUUGAAGGCCAAGAAGAUUAGAUAA